UGUCGGUUUGUAACUAAGAAAUUUUAAAUCAUUCAUUUUACAUUGCCUUAUUGUAGUCACAAUAAUUUUGUUAUAAAUACUUUACGAUUAAAUAUUCUUUAAGGAUUUCAACAUAAUGCCAAUGAACUGCAAACCAUUCCAUUCUUUAUGCGAAGAGUAUUACAAGCUAGCCAUUUAUCAUUUUCUACUGAGUGUAGUAUGUGCAGCAUUAUUUGCUCUCGGUAUAGAGUUCUCCACGGGUUCCGACGGAGAUGAUGUAAUAGAUUAUUAUAUACCUGCUAUAGUAUUGUCAGGAAUUCAAUUUGUGCUGGCAGUGAUUGCGCUGGAGCUGUUCUGUGUGCGAACAAAGUAUACUGUGUUUAUAGGAACUAUCACCAACUCUCUUAGUGAUCAACGAUUCGCUCGAAUGAGAAUCGUUUACAUUUUCCUGAACACAAUUUCCUGUCUCUGGGCUUUAAUUGGAGCAAUCAUUACCGGAACAGCGGGCAUAUGUCAUGGCUCCAGGAGCAGGUGCUCAUAUAGUAUAAACGUUGGUGUAAAUCUCGCACUCGCCAUAAUCAUUAUUGUUGUACAUAUAUUACACGUAGUUCCGUUUUAUUUCAUCUUUACAGCAAGAGAAAAAAGUAGCAAUCAGUUUCCUGCGCGAAUUUCACCGCAAACGAGAACGAAUUUUAAGCCAACGCCAAAACCAAACAGAAAUAUCAGUACAGAAAAUAGAAAUUCGAAUGCCCCGAAAAAGGAAACCAAGGCAAAUAUAGACGACAAAAGUUUGAAAGCAAGUCACGCGCCACGAUUAGAGCGGCAAUAUUACGAUGAUUCAUUAAUAGGAAGACGUUUACCUAAAUUACAACGAGCUGACGCUGACAUCGUAAAACCCUUACCAAAAAGAAACAAGAAACUUCUUUCCAUUGUUGGCAAAGUGGUCGUUCAGUUAAACAGUUUAAAAAAUAAACGAAGCGACAAACUAAACGAUGUCCCCGACAGUCCAGAUUUCAAAUUAGCGUCUUCAAGCAAUUCGUCAGACGACGAAAACGAGUAUGUAAAACUAGAACCUGUAAAUCCUGCUCUUCCACGACUACCACCUCCGUCUUACAAUGACAUCAUUUCCGCCGGAAUAGAAACACAUGCUAACUUGACUCCACCUUCACGCAGUGGCCUUUAUUCGGGACAUGCGUUUCCGGAAACUGAACUAGUAGUGCAGCAACCUUACAAAUACUGAUGACAUAAAUUGUUCAAGGAACAAAAAAGUAAUUGAAACAUGUUCAACGUAUUGAAAUUGUGAGGACUUUGAAAAAUCAUAUUUCCGUAAUGGUAAUACUAGCUAGAAUAUAUCUUUUUUUUCUUUUGAUGUACCGCGUCACACUUUAUGGAAUGAGACAGUGUAUGUAAAACUUAUUUCUCGGGAUAUUUACAAUAUAAAACGAUUGCAAAAAAGUAUUUUGAUAGUGAUUAUGAAUUUUGUAUUGUUUUCUUACACCUUUAUAUAGAUUAAAAUGUGUUUGUGGUUGGCCAAUGUUUGAUUGAUUACUUGUACGCAAAAUAUACGGCAUUUUUGUGAAUAAAUGGUACUACAAAUUUUCACAGUUUAAAAGCCUAUUCUUCUGCCUGUUUUCCAAACAUUACAAGAUUCCUUAAAACUUUUAUUACUUAAGCGUUCAAACAUAUAUUCAAAGAUAUAUUUCACACUUGCGGAUACUAGCAUUGUGACAUUUUUUGUCAAUUACGCAUUUUCAUAGC